AUGGAGAGUAAUCUUUCUGCCGCCCGGGCAUCCCGUCGUUUCCUCGAUGAGCGCAUUCGCAACGACUGGGAUUACCCGGAUCCGGCGGUUGAGUGGUCAGCCUCUGACGAGCAAGUACGCGAUGCCGUCGAUUUCCGCGAACGAUACUAUGGCGAGUCCGAGUCUGGGGACUCGGACAACGAGGAUCAAGAUGGCACGCCGUACAAGUUUGAUAAUCCGGAGAGUAUCGGUGACGCGGUUGCGCAUACCCGCGAGGCGCGCAAGAGACGGCGCAGGGAACGCAUGGAGCGUGAGAUGAAGGAAAACGAGGGCUUGCGUAUCUGGGUAGAGCGAAGAGACGUCUGGACAGGCGCAGCGAGCGUCAAGAAAUACGGCACAACACCAGAAACAUAUGACCUCGUGCCUGUUGCACCCCGCCUCCUCGACCAGAACCCCAUCCGCGCCUCCAUCACCCCACAAGCAUAUUCCGAUAUUUACCAGAAAAUCGUCGUCUCAUCACGCACUCCAUCUGUACCCAUCAACCUUGCAGACAUGACAAAGGCAUUAGUCCAAGGCUGGAAAGACGCAGACGAGUGGCCUCCACGCGUUGCAGCAGCAGAUCCCCUUGCGGGCAAGAAGCGCGUCAUUACUGGCCUUCCGUCAAACGGAAAUCAUGGAGGCUUUAUUGCUCGACAUCCGCAUCUGGAAAAGGGUGUUGAUGGCAUGAAGCGGAUUUUGCAUCUUAAUGUACAACACAAUCAUGAAAAUGACCAUGCGCAAGGGAAAGAGGUGUGAGGAUUUGGGGUUGCUUGAUGGGCUAUGGGGUUGAAUGUGAAGAACCUCUUUGUUUUCUCAUCCCUUUCGGACUCAGAGCCCAAGAAUAAUCAUGGGUUUCUUUUUCUUCGUCGCUGUUUUUAACCACUGUUUUUCAUUUUGGAGAAUUAAGUGCAGCUGAAAGUGUUUCUGCGUCGGUGUAACUUGGAGCAUUGCACAAGAGAGCGUGCAUGGAGUAGGAUAGGUCCGCCAUUUUUCUUUUUCUUACAUAAGGAGAAGAUGCAGGAUUACCGGUAUACCCCCCAUGAGAUGUAUUUCCAUAGCCUGUUUGUUUAUUUUCUUCUUCUUUUACUGCAAUUCGGAAGCGGAGGGGUUGCGCAGAGUAAACACAGGAAAGCCCUCAUGUAUGUAUGACCUUUUUUUUCCAAAGGGCCAAUACAAACAUAGCACUACCCGCUUUUUUCCCUACUA